AGACGCAGAAACUAAGGAAACGAGCUUUUUGUUCACGGAAGUGACGUCGAAACAUGCCGGAAGUGGCUCGGCGCGCGUCGCGUUGCCAGGGUUACGCUCAGGGCACAGCUGAUCGUCAGGCAUGAGAGAGACCAGAUCCCCAUACUAUACACCCCGGGAGGUGUCCAGGCACCGGACCAUCAACGACCUAUGGGUGUCCUACCUGGGCCGGGUGUACGACCUCACCCCACUGGCCGAGAAGCACAGAGGUGACAUCUUAUUGAAGCCGAUCAUUGAGGCCGCAGGAAAGGACAUCAGUCAUUGGUUCAAUGUGAAGACCAGAGAUGUCAAGACCUACAUAGACCCACAAACUGGCUGCCUGAAAUACUACACACCUCAGGGACGCUUCCUCCACGUGCCACCCUCCUUCCCUUGUUCAGAUUGGGACACCGACUUUGGCCGCCCAUGGUGGCGAGACCCCUCCUAUGAAGUUGGUAUCUUGUCAUCCAAAACUCGGAUCAUCCGAAUCAUCAACACGUUAACAUCUCAAGAGCACAGUCUAGAGGUGUGCUCUGAGGAGACUAUAUGGGAGAUCCUGGCCCGGUAUUUGCCAUACAAUGCUCACGCUGCCAGCUACACGUGGAAAUAUUGCGGGGUGCCUCUGAAUAUGGAGAAGACACUGGAGCAGAACGGGGUACGGGAUGAGGACGAGGAGUUUGAGGAGUUGAAGAUGGAUUCUGAUUCUCACACCGCCAGCCUACACCUGUAUUUCAAUGAUGAUCUGACAGAACUAUGAUGGGCAAGGAUGACGCCAAAUCCUCAUCUCUCCAUGUUGAUGAUGAUUGUCCAUAUGAUGUGUAGAAGCCAAUCUAUAAGUGAGUCACUCUGCCUAAAGUAACCGAUCCGGACAGGUCACGUGCCAUCUUCUGAUAUGCCGAAUAAAAAUACCUUUUAUAAUA